AUGCUCUUCUCACCGAGCGGACCACAGAGCCCUCGUCGCCGCAGCCGACUCAACGCCAUCUUCCUGACGAUCGGCAUCGUCCUCGCCAUCUACUUCUUGUUCUUUGCGGGCGAUGAACGCUCGCAUUCGAGAUCUUAUAAAGACAAAGCGGACAAGUAUGCGCACAAAAUUGAGUCCGUCGCCGCCAAUACAGUCGGCCAAGAUGACCUCGCACCUUCGGCGGUACGCCGACACAAGGAGAUGGUCGUGGCGAGCAUGAAGGGAGACGAUACCUCAUGGCUGGCCGAAUACUUCUAUGACUGGUCCCGAAAGAUCUACGUGGUGAAUGACAAGACAGCUCCCUUGACAGUAGCCAUGAACAAGGGACGCGAGUCGAUGGUGUACUUGACUUAUAUUAUCGAUCAUUAUGAGAAUCUGCCCGACUUGAUCCUCUUCAUCCAUUCCAACCGCUACCAAUGGCACAACGAUGAUCCAUACUACGACGGCGUGCCGAUGCUGCGCAAUUUCCAAACAUCCUAUCUGCAACAGGAAGGAUACGUGAACCUGCGUUGUGUCUGGGUCCUCGGCUGCCCAGUCGAGAUCCACCCGCUCAGCGAUGUCCACCGGGACGACGUCCAUGCGGGCGAGUACUUUAAAAAGGCUUUUAUGGAGCUAUUUCCCCAGACGCCGGUGCCGGAAGAGAUUGGAGUGUCUUGCUGCGCUCAAUUUGGGGUGACUCGGGAACUCGUGCUCUCACGACCCAAAAGUGAUUAUGAGUUUUAUCGGAAAUGGCUGAUGGAGACGGACUUGGGCGACGAUCUCAGCGGGCGGAUUAUGGAGUAUUCAUGGCACAUGAUUUUUGGCAAAGAGGCGGUGCAUUGCCCUGAUGCCAAGUCCUGUUAUUGCAAUGUCUUUGGAUUAUGCGAUCUGAACUGCGCGGAACCAAAUGGCUGUGACGACCGCUACGUUUUACCUCCGUUCUCUGCGCUGCCCAAGGGCUGGCCCUACGUGGGUUGGAAUGGCCAGGAACAGGACCCGACACACGGACUUCCGGAAUCUUGA